AUGAGUUGGUUCGCCGCGACAGAGCUGUGGGUUGUGGAUGUGGUUGUUGAGGCAGCCUUCCGACAAAGCAAGGCCUCGUCCUUGAGCCAGGAGGAGUCCCAGUCUGCAAGGAAGGCGCUGGGAAUGCUGGAUGCGGGCCUCCAGGACCGCCCGGCGUGGGGCGCCGGGAAGUUCCGCGGCCUUUUUCUGGUCUUCGAAGGCCUGGACCGGAGCGGCAAGUCCACGCAGAGCAAGAAGAUCGCCUCCUACCUGGAGAAGGCGGGCCCGGUGAAGUGGAUGUGCUUCCCGAACCGCAAGACGCCCAUCGGCAACGCCAUCGACCUCUACCUUCGGCAGCUGGAGCUGUCGGAUGAGGCCGUGCACCGCCUCUUCAGCGUCGCCAAUCGCUGGGAGAUGGCCCAGGCCAUCGUUGAGGACCUUCGUUCGGGAACGACGAUCGUGUGCGACCGCUACGCCUUCUCCGGUGUGGCGUACUCCGCCGCCAAAGGGCUGGACUUCACAUUGUGCCAGUCCCCGGAUCGCGGGCUGCCGUGCCCGGAUGGCAUCUUCUUCCUGCACAUCGACGAGAAGGUGGGCGCCUCCCGCUCCAACUUCGGGGACGAGCGCUACGAGAACGCGCAGAUGCAGGCCAACGUCCGCGCCCAAUUCCGGGAUCAGCGUCUCCGCAGCAAUGUCAACUGGCGAGAUGUUGAUGGGGCGCGAGACGUCGAGGUGAUCCAUGGAGAGAUCCGCGAUGCUGUGGACAGCAUGCUUCAGGCAGGGCACCUGCCGGCCGUGCAGCGGCUCUGGAUCUAA